AUGGUUCUUGGGAUCGACGACAGCGAGCACAGCUACUACGCGCUGGAGUGGACGAUGCACCACUUCUUCGCCCCAGGCCAGACGCAGCAGUACCACCUCGUCGUGGUCAGCGCCAAGCCGCCCGCCGCCGCCGUCAUCGGCAUCGCCGGCAUCGGCACCGCCGAGCUGCUCCCGAGGGUGGAGCUCGACCUCAAACGCGCCUCCGCGAGAGUCAUCGAAAAGGCCAAGGAGCACUGCUCCCAUGUACGUAUAUAUCUACUCUAUGAAGUGAAGGAGGGGGACGCGAGGAAUGUGCUGUGCGAGGCGGUCGAGAGGCACCAUGCGGACAUGCUCGUCGUGGGCAGCCAUGGCUACGGGGCAUUCAAAAGGGCAGUCCUUGGGAGCGUGAGCGACUACUGCACCCACCACGCGCACUGCACCGUCAUGAUAGUCAAGAAGCAAAAGCACCACAAGAAAUAA